AUGGAUUUUGACGAUGAUGAUUUCCGUUGCCGCGUCACCCGUUACGGGAUGUCUGAAUCCAGGAAGCGUCUAUCAGAUGGAAAGUUCCAUCCAGAUGUUACCACGAAGACGGCUGCACAGCUGGAGAACGAGACAAUAAGGUACCUCAAGAGUAGAGUUUUCCGACCGGAUCGAAGCAAGUAUGUCAAGUCUCGAAAGCAAACAUUUAUCACAAGCGGUCGGAUAUGUUACAGACUUCGCCGCCUCACAAAGGGCCCAUGGUUUGUCACUGAACGCCUUUCCAAUAGGCCGGCUUUCAAAGCGGCAGCCAGUCGCCCAAAAACUGUCGCGGCUGUAAUUGAGACUGCGCCUUUUAUCCCCCCGGAGAUUGUACCUGUCGUAGGACAUCUAUAUCUUGGCCCUAAAAUCAUGGAAGAUGUCUUCCGUGAUGGUCACAAGACAGCCAUGAGGCUCUCUCUGACCUCGAGCAAAAUGUUCAAGCUGGUUGGCGACAAUGUGAAUCGGUGGGACUUUUGUGCCAUGGCCUAUGUCGUCGAGGUUCCCUCUUCUGUAAUGAUUGUAGAGGUUCCCCAACACACCAUUGGAGAUAUUCUCGAAGCUCAGAAGAAAUAUAAGUUGAGACUUGACUCGCCUGAGUGGAAAGAAACUCGUCAAAGGUUGGAAUCUUUGCAGGACUUUGAUAACUAUAAACUGCGAUCCAUUGAAAUGGAACAGGUCUUCUUCCAAUGGGCACGGAUUUGGAGAGCUGAAUGCCUGCGAGUUGCCGGACCUUACUGGGCAACAGACGAUCAAGAGAUUGAUCCUCUUACCACUGAUCGUGCCAAGCAAUGGUGGAAAGACGAUGCCAAUGGCAUCAACGUCAUGGGUUCUCUCGAGCCACUCGACAAGAUGUGGUCAGCAAAUCAAUUUGAAGGAACAAAAGAUAAACUGCAUAAGAUGCCCAUCAGUCUCGCGAUGGAGAGUCUAUUUAAAUUGAUGACUGAAUUACACAGGGCUCGUUCGCAUAUCGAGGUUCUGCACCUUCACAAGGUGCCCCUUCUCGACCGACGGAUGCUCGCCAUCAUACUACGUGGGUUGCCUCAUGUGACCAUGGUGGGAGUAUACAACUGCCCUCUCAUCCACUUUGGCGACGUGAUCCCGAUUCUAGAUCUCAUCCAUGAGAUCAACAAUGAUCGGCGUAAGAAAAACAUGCCAAAGAUCGAGGCAUUUGAUUUCUUUCCCCAUUUUAACCAGGGCACUCCGUAUGCACACGAAAACGCGGCGACGUAUGGUAUCUCUUGGGGGCCAAUCGAGAUGGACAUUGCCCAGCGAGGCUUCUAUGCUAUUAUCCUUAAGGCCGUCCUGAAGUCAAAGGGACUAGGCCUAGACCUGUUAUUUUCCAAAGACCAUGCAUUCAUGGACUACCUCGCCAAGGUGCCAAACAUCCCACUGGGCGUGUAUAGCUUUCUAGAUGCCGUAUAUCGGUAUAUAGAAGUGGACAGAUGGGCUUGGAACCGUGGCGACAUUAAACUCCAGGCAAUCUACGACAUGCUCAAGCCAGUUCGAGUAGCGGUGGAAAAGCAUGUGGCUCACGACUGGCCCAAGUAUUAUCUUAAAAAGAUGGCAACGACUUUCUUCUGCUGCUGCUCUUGCGGCUAUCAAACUUUUAUGGAGUUCUUCUCAGCCGAUUCGAUAAAUCUAUUGCAACCCCAUAGACGCAUCUGUUGCGCCUGUCAUUUGCAGAAACGCCUUGACGCGGAGACAGACCAUUUGAAGGCGCAGAAGAAAGGCCUCUUGGACAAGCUCUGCCCUGACUGGGAGCAAAAGGCAUUCAACCAGGAUGCACCCCUUUUCCGUGGCGGAGUGGGAUUAAUUCGCCUUCAUUCGACCGAAACUGUACGCCAUAUGCCGAACCUCGUGUUUGCUGAGGGCGUUGAUGGUGUUUAUAGGUGGCCUCCUUACUGGCAGCGCCUUAUGCGAGACGCCAAGUUGCCACAUGACUCGCUGGUUAAACUCCCCAGACUUGAAGAUGUCGCCCUCGACGAAGCUACCGGACGCCGUUGGCUAGAUGUCAUUGCCUCUGCCGUCAGAGAAGACGUCCAUCGUCUGGGCAUCCUGGAACUUCGAAAGACUUAUCCGACUGGUUCUAAGCGAAAGGGAAUUCCCGCAUAUGGCCCCACGCGAGAGGAUGGAGGGGCGCCAGAUGAUCUAGAUGAGAUCCAGCCUCCAAUUCCAGACGAGAGGCGAUGCUUUUUUGAUUACAGCAAGGCCUUGGACACGGCACGUAAGCUACUGAAGGAGAGCUGGUGA